UUAGACUUCACUUCAUCUUCUCUCAUUCUUCAACUCAGUUUCAGUUGAGGUCACUUUGAUCUUUUUAUCAAAUGGACGCGCUCUUCGAUACAAUUAACGUCAAAGACCUCCUUUCCACCGGAGACUUAACGGACCCAACCUCACCACUCUCCGCACCGGAUCUCCGACUCUUAAAAGCACGCCUUGAAUCUCAUUCUCUCCAAAUAAAAUCCAGAAUCCAAUCUUAUCUGCUUUCCCAUUACACCGACUUCUCCUCUCUCUUCUCUCUCUGCACCGACGCCGUUUUGCAGACCAAUGCAAUAAAUGAGAAGCUCACCGGUCUUGUGAAUUUGGUGUCUGACUCGAAGAUUGAUGUUGAAAUUAGAGAAAUUGUUGAGGAAGAGAGUGAGAAAAUGAGAGAGUUGAAGGUAAAGAGGGAAUUGUUGGAGUUAGUGAAAGGUAUUGUUGGAAUUAGUCAGAGAUUAAGAGGUGUUGAGGAUGAUUUGAAGAAUGGAAGGUUGAAAUUUGCCGCUGAGGAAGUUAGGGUUUUGAAAAUUAUUUUGAGAAUUGGUGAUAAUGUGGAUGAUGAGAAGGAACCGGUAGUGUAUGGAUUGUUAAGGAAAGAAUGGCUUGAUUGCUUUGAAAAGAUUCAAGAGGUGCUCGUGAAGUUCAUGGAAAAUGCAGUGACGUUUGAGCCUGAUUCUGGUGGAAUUCGUGUCAAGUAUCAGUUGAGCAUUGAUGGAAUAAUUGCUGGGCUUGACCUUCGUACUGUUUUGGAAGCACUGGAAGUGCUUGGCAUUUUGGGUUAUGGGCUUGCUAAAGUGGCUGACCAAAUGUUCAAGUUUCUUAUUAUUCCUGCUGUAAAUUCUAGAUCAUCUUUUUCAUUCAUAGAAGAUUCUGAAAAAGUCUCAGAAGAAAUGACUGAGGCAACAUUGAAGAUGGUACAGUCAUUUGAUGCGAAGAUUGAAGUUGUGGAUGGUGAGAGUAUAUAUUCAGGGGUUGCUCGAGUGGUUAGGUUUAUUUUCGAACGCAUAUGCUUCCAAAAUGUUUCAUGGAUCCGAUGUUUUGGAAGAUUGACAUGGCCCAGGAUAUCUGAGUUGAUUAUUGCUAACUUCCUCUCGAAGGCUGUUCCUGAAGAUGCUUCAAAACUCGCCGACUUUCAGAAGAUCAUCAAACACACAUCUAAGUUUGAGGCUGAUUUAAAAGAAAUGAAUUUCAUUUCAACAUCUGAUAGCGCAGACCAAAAGUUGAGCAAUUUUGCUGAAAAUGUUGAGGUUCACUUUGCAUCUAGGAAGAAAACAGAAAUUUUGGCAAAAGCUAGGAAUUUGCUUUUACAGUGCAACUUCACCAUUCCAGAAGAGUAUACAAGAAAAGGUCUUCCACGGAUGAAUGCUGGAACUGCUGUGCAUAUUGUUGACUUGCUUUUUGUAUCUGAGAAGUGUGUGGUGUCCAAAGCAGUUUUUCAACUCAUGGAGCUCGUGCACAAGACACUUAAGGAUGUUUGUUUCUCAUCUACAAGAGUUGCACUAGAAUUCUAUCAUGCUGCAAGGGAUGCUAUACUACUAUACGAGGCUGUUAUUCCUGUCAAGCUAGAAAGGCAGCUUGAUGGCAUUAACCAGGCUGCUGUUCUCAUGCACAAUGAUUGUCUCUAUCUGUCUCAAGAGAUACAAGGACUAGCAUUUGAGUAUAGGUCAGACUUCCCAGGUUGUAUCAAGGAACAUGCAGUUUUUGUUGAUUUGGCUCCUCGUUAUCAUGUAAUGGCAUGGGAAAUACUUCAUAAACAAAUCCAACUUGUCAUUUUCAAUUUAAAAGAGGCCAUAGAUGGUGCUGAUGGCUUUCAGAAUACGCAUCAGAUGCAACAAUUUGAAUCUGCAAAGUUUAGUAUAGAUCAGGUUGUCUUUAUUCUUGAAAAAGUACAUAUAAUAUGGGAGCCACUCUUGCUGCCCUCUAUUUACAAGAAAAGCAUGUGUAUGGUUUUGGAGUCAGUUUUUUCUAGAAUCAUAAGUGACAUACUCCUUCUAGAUGAUAUGGCAGCCGAUGAAACAUUACAGAGAAAAGGAAAGUUUGGAUUUUAGAGAAAAAUGGAAAUGGAUUUUAAAGAGAGCAAGGGCUGAUUGUAUUGACAGAAACAUAGGUUAAGAAAUGAAGAGAUUUUGGAGUUCAAAAGAGAGAGAGAGGUGAGGAUGGAGUAACAGGAAAGCUAAAAUUAUGAAGGAAGCUAGUAAUGUAAUGUUAUUGCUGAUUGUAUUUGUGUUGAGAAAGGAGAUGCCAGCCAACAUGUGGAUGGUCAAACUGAAAGGUGAGAUUAAGACAGAGUGAGAGUGAGGGAAACAACAAAAGCUGGGUCUCUUUUUUUUAAAUCAAAUAAGCUUAAAUGUGUUUUUUUUGUCAUUAUAAACAAAGUCAUUGGAAUGCUUGAAAGUGACGUUUGGUUUUGAUAAUGGUGAAGAAGAAGAGGAGAAGAUUAAGAAAAAUAAUCGCAAAUACCAGCGAAAUUAGUAAAUUUAGAAGAAGAGAUGGGAGAGUAAAGGUUGUUGGUAGAGCAGAGGCUGCCAUUAUAGAUUUUAUGGUUGUCACUGUGGUGAAGAAGGAGAAGAAGACGAAGAAAAGAAAUAAAAAAAGAAAGGCAAAAUGAUACCUUUUUUUAUUUUAGAAAAAAAAUUAUUAAGUAAUUUCCGGGUUCUAAUUCCGGCGGAUGUUAGAUUUGAUCAAAAUGUCUUAGGUCUUAGAAUUGAAAAGUCAAAAGCAGAGACUAGAUUUGAUAAAAAGCCUUCUGAAGUAUCAGUGGUUUUAAAAGCUUAUGUUUGGAGGAUAUCCAAUUCACUUUUAUUUUUCCAGCUUCAAAGAUUGAUCCAUUUGAUGAUGGAAAGCUUAACUUCCUUGAUGGAGUCCUUGAUUGCUGUCAACCAAAAGGAGAAGUCAGAAGAGUAUUCCAGAUUCACUCUGGAUGAUUUUAUACCAUCUUUA